GCUUCCUGGCGCGUAGGGCGGGUAAUUCGAACGUUUCUGCGGGAGGCGGUUUCGUGGCGGGCGCGAGCCCGGGAAGCGGCGGCGGCGGCGGCGGCGGCCGAGAGCGGGACGAGGCAUGACCGGGAGGCAAACGCGGCGCUCGGGGCCCGAGAGCCCCGCCCAGCCCCUGCGGAGGUCCCAGCGGAAGUCGGCCCCCGAGCUCGGGGGCCCCGGCAGCCCCCCGCGCGGGAGCCCGCCGCACGGAGUCCGCCCCGACCAACGGGCGGAGCUCGCGGCGCCCCCUCCUCAGCCGGCGCCGCGCCCCAAGGCCAUCGUGCUGAGGAAGAUCGUGGCCCCCGCGGCCGAGAGCCCCCCGGUCCGCACGCCUCGCAGGAGCCCAAGGAUCGCCCUCUUGGAGAAGGAGAACUGUCCCCCCGGCCCUGAGCCCACUUGGGAAGACCUCUUCAAGCCCUGUGAGGCGCCAGGCACCCCCGCCUCCGCGCCCCUGGUGCCCCCGCUCAGUGCGGACCCCGCCACCAGCGCCAGCGCCCUGGACCUCAGAGACUUGGAGAUGUCCAAGAAAGUGCGGCGCUCCUACAGCCGCCUGGGCAGCCCCGGCACCACCUCCACCCCCACCGCCAGCCGCCCCUCCUACUUCGGCUUCGAGGGGCUGCUGGCAACCCAGGAGACGCCCAGGGUCUCGCCUGUGGUAUGCUCCAAGGCCACCGAGGUCCUGCGGGCGCCCCAGGAGCCCUGGCUCCCCGACACCACACUCCCCGGCAUCUCGCCCCUGGUGACCAAAGAGAAACGGAAGAAGAAGAAGGUGCCAGGAAUCCUGAAAUCAGAGCUGGAUGAAUGGGCCGCGGCCAUGAAUGCCGAGUUUGCAGCUGCUGAGGAGUUUGAUCUUCUGAUUGAAUGAGAUACUCUGGGUGCAUCUGGCCAGAUCCCCCCACUCCCCGUACAUAGCCCCCUUGUCCUGUGGGGACGGCCACCGGAGUCCCCUGGAUUGUUCCCCAGCAUGUUCCAUAGCUGACUGAAGUUUGCCGCUCAGCGGCAGGAAAGGGGCCCUGUGUGCACACCUGGGUCAUCCGCCCGUCUACGUCUCCCGGCUGCCUCCUGUUGGCUGGUCCGAGAGCCUGGAGACUUCUGGGACGGAAUCCCAGGGAGAACUGAGAAUCAGGCUGUUUUGCAGGUCGGGGGCGGAAACCACUGGAUUGCUCUGCGGGAUGUUUGGAUGAAAGGAGGGACAGAGCGAGGGACGCCUGGGUCAGGCUCGGACCGUUUCCUACCUAGAAGCUGUACAUAGUUCUAUGUUUUGCUUUUGGGGUGUUCGGCUUAGGGGUGCGCUAAGGUAUUCUAGACCAGUUGCUGAGAGGACCAAGCAGUGCCAGGGAUGCAACCCCGGCCUCCUGUGUCCGUGCGUGCUUGUGCGCUCUGGCCCGGGGGGAUGUUUGGGUCCUGCUGGGCACUGGACAAGAGGCUGCCGGCGCACGGCUUCAGACCCGGGGCUUCAGGCUUGAGUCCGCCUGGAGGAGCUGCCCCCUGGCUCUUCUCGUUGCUGAGAGCAUCUGACCUUUGAGAACGCGGCUAGAGGUCAGCACUAGGAGCUGAGAUGGGGUGUCUCCAGGGGACCCCUUUUCUCAGUGCUGGUGAAGGUGCCUGCCAGCUGCCCUGCCCCACACCUUUGCACAUUGGGGUGUGGGUGCUGCUUUGCUCCUGCUUCUCAGGGAGGUGAUCCAGCCCUUGAGUGCAGGGCAAAAGCUUCAUAA